AUGACUCCAGCACUCAAUAUAUGUGAACACGAUGCCUACAGUGAGGCAGAAGUGAAUCCCAAAGCUUACCCCCUGGCUGAUGCACAGCUCACCAAAACGCUAUUGGAUCUUGUGCAGCAAUCCUGCAACUAUAAGCAGCUACGCAAGGGAGCCAAUGAAGCCACCAAAACACUGAACCGAGGGAUAGCAGAGUUCAUUGUGAUGGCAGCAGAUGCGGAGCCCUUGGAGAUCAUCCUGCACCUCCCUCUUCUCUGCGAAGACAAGAAUGUACCGUAUGUGUUUGUGCGCUCCAAGCAAGCCCUGGGCCGGGCUUGUGGUGUUUCCCGGCCUGUCAUCGCCUGCUCCAUCACCAUCAAGGAGGGAUCACAGCUAAAGCCUCAGAUCCAGUCUGUCCAGCAAGCUAUAGAAAGACUGUUGGUCUAAAUGCCCAUGAGUUUCAGUGUGUGUGGAAUAGGAAAGUUGAAGUCGGGAGAGUUAAUAUCUAGUUUCAGUUGAGAUUAUAGUUUUUAUAUCAGUGUUUCAUUUCAAAACGCCACAUUUUUGUUUAAUAAUGGCUUAAUUCUUGGUGUUUCUGCCUCUCCUCCUCCUUCUUUUCUAUUAUUCCACUCCCAACACAUUCAUUCUCACUGUAUUACUUCUUGAAAUGUGAUUGUACAACUGUAUUUCUUGUUUGAGGCUUAAAAGAAAGAAAAAAACAUCCCCCCCUUAUUUCCAUAUUUGCCUGCUCAGGCUUUUUUUAACCCACUCAGGAGCUUCCUCUGCAUUGUAGUACUUCUGCUGAGCUUCAGCCUCUAACAGGUGUUUAUGAAUGGUUUAGUCUACUGACAACAAGGCGUGUCAUUUCUCCACACAGUGUGUGCAUGCUGAUUGCUGGAGUUACUGCUUUAAGUGAUGAAGCAGCGUAGACCAUGCAUAAGGCAGGCAACAGCCACUGUGUGGAAGUGAAGAUCAGUACAUACAGCACAACGCUUUCCUUGAAACCAAACAAGACUAAGAGGUGUACAGGGAGCACAAAUCUUACGGUAGUGCACAAGGGGAAAUCUCUUAUCUCUCUUACUUUUAAAUACUGACUUUGUAAGAAAAAUAAAAUUGCUGACAAAGCUAAACAUAAUUGUCAUUCCCUUGGGGAAGCAUUUGCAACUAACAGAAGUGUUCCUACUUGCAAAGCUAAACUGCUCAGAGAUUGCCUAAAGGCUAUGGCAGUGUAGUAAGCAGUUCAUACUCCUGUGUUCUUUGUGUGGACUAUUAAUGAGCUUGGGCUUCCUGUGGUAUUUAAGUCCAAAACAGGGUAGAGAACAGCCUGCUGUGGCUGACAAGUACCCUACAUAUCUCAUGCUUUUAGGGAAGCUGCUGUACUGUAGUCAUCUGAUUGAAGAUGAACUCUACGUCAUAGCCAAGACAACAGAGAGCAAGUAAUUUUUUCAUAUAAAUCAACCUGUGUCUCAAGAAGAGAAUGCUAGAUGAUCUCAUGUUCUGGAAAAGUGUGAUGCACCACCAGCAUUCUGGAUUAGUGAUGGUUUUGUGGAGCUAGCUUUAGUUAAAUGCAUAUUCUUUAACAACUCCACUUACUGCUCUGAGCAGAAGAGUCUAAACCACUGUAUUGGAAUGAGGCAUGUCAAACCUGUCUUAUGUUGCAGGAUGCCAAAGCAAAGCUACUGUGGAAAGACCAACAGGUACAAUACCAGAAGGGAAAAUAAGUUCUGUAAUGUUUUCACAUAGGCACUAACUUCAUACAUUUAUUAAGUACAUCCCAAGCAGAUGAAAUCAGUUCAUGAAAGACUGAAGACAAAUUACAUCUGUAUAUUUUUGUAAAUGGCUGAUAACAGUAGUAUCCUUGCUGAGGUGAACUUAAUACAAAAACUUGAGUCAUUUGCAUGAGGUUUAGAAAGGCUGCUGUUCCCUUCUAAUGAUGCUGACUGUUGAGCUAGUUGUGUUUAAAACCACAACUUUGUAAAAGAUUUGCCCUGUUCCAUGCCAAGACAGCUAAUGUAAGACAAAGCACAUAAGGAGCAGAAAUAAAGGAUUCUUGAGCAAGCAAAACUGUCUAA